AUGUUCAGGAGUAAAAUUCGGAUACACACAUGCCGGAUAAUAUUGCUCACUUCGCUGGCAUGGCUGCUGGUGGACGUAGUACUCCUGGCCAUGUACUCCGACUGCUUCGGUGAUGGCUGGGACUGCAGCAAAAAAGGAGCCAGUGAUAAUGUCAUUCAGGUUAAUAAUAAAGAAGAGUUUAGGGGCAAAAAGGCUGCAAUUGCAGCUGCAUUACAAGGAAAUCAGAUUGAUAAUGAUGACACAAACUUAGAAGCAAAUGCUGUUGAAGAAGUGAUUGGAGAAGAUGGUAUUAUGCUGUCUCCGUACCCAAAGUCCAGGCUUAAAAGGUGGGAUGAAGCACCAUUUGUUAAACCAGAACAAGAUGGAUUACCUGGAGAAAUGGGUAAGGCAGUAAAUAUUCCUAUAGAACAAGAGAAGCUGAUGUUGGACAAAUUCCAAGAGAACCAGUUCAAUCUGUUAGCCAGUGACAUGAUCUCAGUCAACAGGUCUUUGACAGACGUCAGGUUUGAGAAAUGCAGAGAUAAAUCCUACCCUACCCUGCUGCCCACGACGAGCGUGGUGAUAGUAUUCCACAAUGAAGCCUGGACGACACUCAUUCGUACGAUAUGGAGUACAAUCAACCGAUCCCCGCGGCCACUUCUCAAGGAGAUCAUACUCGUUGAUGACGCCAGUGAAAAGGAACACUUAGGAAAGAAGUUGGAAGACUACAUCAAGACGUUGCCGGUGCCGACACAUUUGUUCCGCACUGAGAACAGGUCGGGUCUCAUCCGAGCACGUCUGCUGGGAGCCAAACAUGUCAAGGGUGACGUCAUCACCUUCCUCGAUGCCCAUUGCGAAUGCACAGAGGGCUGGCUCGAGCCGCUGUUGGCGCGUAUCGUGGAGGACCGGACGACAGUGGUGUGCCCCAUCAUCGACGUUAUAUCCGACACCACCUUCGAGUACAUUCAGGCUUCCGAUAUGACGUGGGGCGGGUUCAACUGGAAACUAAACUUUAGAUGGUAUCGCGUGCCGGAGCGCGAGAUGGCGCGGCGCGGCGGCGACCGCACGGCACCACUCCGCACGCCUACCAUGGCGGGCGGACUGUUCGCCAUCGACAAGGACUACUUCUACCAGAUCGGUUCCUACGACCAGGGCAUGGACAUUUGGGGUGGAGAAAACCUCGAAAUGAGUUUCAGGGUAUGGCAGUGCGGCGGCCGACUGGAGAUCGUGCCGUGCUCGCACGUGGGCCACGUGUUCCGCGACAAGUCCCCGUACUCGUUCCCCGGCGGAGUGCAGAACGUCGUCCUCCACAACGCGGCCCGCGUCGCCGAAGUCUGGAUGGACGAGUGGGGAGAGUUCUAUUACGCCAUGAACCCAGGCGCACUGAACGUGCCGGUCGGUGACGUCAGCGAGCGCAAGGCGCUGCGCGAGCGCCUCAAGUGCAAGAGCUUCAGGUGGUACCUCGAAAAUAUAUACCCGGAGAGUCAGAUGCCGCUCGACUACUACUAUCUUGGAGAAAUCCGAAACGCGGAGACUUCGAACUGUUUGGACACGCUCGGCGGCAAGGCGGGUCAACCGCUCGGCAUGGGAUACUGUCACGGUAUGGGCGGAAACCAGACCAGAAAAUCAAAGAAGACAAAGAAACGUGAAAAAAAUCCAGAAAUACCAAUAUAUCAAGUGUUUGCGUACACGAAGCGUAAGCAGAUAAUGUCUGACGACAACUGCUUGGACGCUGCACACCCGCGAGGCCCCAUUAAGCUGAUCCGAUGCCACGGGAUGCGAGGCAACCAGGAGUGGACGUAUGAUUCGAAGACGAGAACAAUAAAGCACACGAACACAGGCAUGUGCUUAGACAAGCCGGAGGCGGGCGACGUGUGGAAGCCGGUACUGAGGCCGUGCAACCGAUCGCGGGGGCAGCAGUGGCUCAUGCAGGUCGACUUCAAGUGGCAGGCCAGGCACCAGCCCAGCUAG